CAUUUGUUGGAACCCUAAUAAUCCCCUUCGGCUCUUCCGCUCUCACACUCUACGAUCUUUGGAAAAGCCAGGUCUUAACAAUUUCUCUCCAGCUAACUUAGUUUUCCUUUGCAGACUUUGUGUAAUCGCAACCCCAACUCUCAACUUCAGUUCUUAGCAGGCUAGCAGGAAGAAAUGGGAGAAACAAGAGACAACGAAUAUGAGGAAGAGCUCCUCGACUACGAGGAAGAAGAAGAGAAGGCCCCCGAUUCCGUUGGAGCUAAAGUCAACGGUGAAGCUGGAAAGAAGGGUUAUGUCGGAAUUCAUAGUUCGGGAUUCAGAGACUUUCUAUUGAAGCCAGAGCUUCUCCGUGCGAUUGUAGACUCUGGAUUUGAGCAUCCAUCUGAAGUACAACAUGAAUGUAUUCCCCAAGCUAUCCUCGGCAUGGAUGUUAUUUGUCAAGCUAAAUCUGGUAUGGGUAAAACUGCUGUCUUUGUUCUGUCAACGCUGCAGCAGAUUGACCCUGUGGCUGGUCAAGUAUCUGCCCUAGUUCUGUGCCAUACCAGGGAGCUUGCAUACCAGAUCUGUCAUGAGUUCGAAAGGUUCAGCACUUAUCUUCCGGAUCUGAAGGUUGCUGUCUUCUAUGGUGGAGUGAAUAUUAAAAUUCACAAAGAUCUUCUGAAAAAUGAAUGUCCUCAUAUUGUUGUUGGAACACCCGGAAGGAUAUUGGCACUGUCGAGAGAUAAAGACCUAUCCCUGAAGAAUGUCCGACAUUUUAUCUUGGACGAGUGUGACAAGAUGCUUGAGUCACUUGAUAUGCGGAGGGAUGUACAAGAGAUCUUCAAGAUGACUCCUCACGACAAACAAGUUAUGAUGUUUUCUGCAACACUUAGCAAAGAAAUCCGCCCAGUUUGCAAGAAGUUUAUGCAAGAUCCAAUGGAAAUAUAUGUAGAUGAUGAGGCAAAGCUGACAUUGCAUGGUCUUGUCCAGCACUACAUCAAAUUGAGCGAGAUGGAGAAAAAUCGGAAGUUGAACGACCUUCUUGAUGCAUUGGACUUCAAUCAAGUGGUUAUUUUUGUCAAAAGUGUUAAUAGGGCAGCUGAGCUAGAUAAGUUAUUGGUGGAGUGUAACUUCCCCUCUAUAUGCAUCCACUCUGGCAUGUCGCAGGAAGAGAGGUUGACUCGAUACAAAGGUUUUAAGGAAGGACAUAAGCGCAUUCUUGUGGCUACAGAUUUGGUUGGUCGAGGAAUUGACAUUGAACGUGUAAACAUUGUUAUCAAUUAUGAUAUGCCAGAUUCAGCUGAUACAUAUCUGCACAGGGUUGGCAGAGCUGGUAGAUUUGGUACCAAAGGGCUUGCAAUUACUUUUGUGUCAUCUGCAGCUGAUUCUGAUGUUCUCAACAAUGUUCAAGAAAGGUUUGAAGUCGAUAUUAAGGAGCUUCCAGAGCAGAUUGAUACCUCCACUUACAGUAUGUUUCCUUCCUUUUUUUUUGUUUGAUGAGAUUAUUUUCCUUUUUGAACUCCAGUUCCCAGUUUAUAUUUCAGCCUUUGUUUAAUACUACUUUUUAUCAUUUAGUUUUCCUUCUUUCCUUACUGACCGUUGUGGGUUUUUUGGCUCAUUUAGAUGUGAUUUUUUAAUUGGUGAACCUCGGUAGUUAUGUAUCUUUUUAUUUACAUAGUUGUUCCUUGUCAGUCAGUUGCAGUUGAUUUUCAAUUGUAAAUCCGAACUACUGGUUCACUGAAACAUGUAGAUGAGAUUGUAUUUCUGACUUACAUUCUGGCUCUGUUGUCUCACUCACUUGCACAUUAAUUUGGAAUCCACGUCUCUAGGAUUUUAGAGCAUUAUUUUAUCAACUGGCGGCAUCGCGUGUAAAUUCUGAAAGCUCGACUUGCUUUAGAUAUAUACGAUGUGUACAAAUAGUAAAUAAUAUUACUGACGGGAACAUGGGGGAAAUCAAGUUUCUAUCUGUUUAAACGUUAUUCUUACAAGUUAAGCUAACACAGACCACUCUUGUUGGUUGCAGUGCCAUCAUAGAUGUAGAGAUCUUCACCAUAGAAAAUCGGCUACCCAGGUUGGUGAGGGGUGGUUCAAAUUUCAUUUUGGUUUGAUUUUGGUUCGAACUAAAAAUGGAUGAAAGGCCACUGCGCACUAGCUUUUGAUGCGAGUGAGGGCAAUGGUGGAUGCUCUAAAAUGUGGUGGUGUACUCUGCCAUUUGAGUUUUAUUGUAUUCUAAUUGCUGGGGCUGUCUUGCAUUGGAAGUCUCUUUAUGCAUUUUAUUCUGAAUGACGAAUGAUCUCUUAAAUGUAAUACUUUAGAUAUCCUUCUCUCUGCAAGAUUAACAAUUACGGUAGACUGUUGGUAGUAUUCUCUAUGAUUUUUAUUAGAUUCGUUACGUGAACUCAUUUCACUAGUUCCAUACCUGCCACCGUCUUCUCUCAUCUCACUUCCCUAUUGCCAGGUCUUUAGAUGUGGAUUUUCCUCGAGCUUUAUAUGUGGAAAUGGACAUUAAAUUAAGUUUUGGAGAUCGGAUGUUUAUAUAUUAUUACACGACUGAGACUUAUUUCA